ACGACCGCGGGUAAGUUUUACAUAAAUCUCUGUGCGGCCAAGGGUGUGUCCUUCUUUUUCAACAUGGAUUCCCUUGAUCAGGAGUACACUGUUGAAGAAGCUUUCAAGUCAAAUGAUUUGAAUAAAUUGAAUGAGUUGUAUGCAAAAUUGAAAAAAGAAAUUCUGGAUUCAGCUACCUUUUCGGAUAAUGAGAGGAUUAAUAAUGUUGGAAAGAAGUAUUUUCGCGAUCUAGUUGCUGAAACCUUUAUUCCAACCUUUGCUAAAGACAAAUUUAUUGCUUUGAAGUCACAAGCCUCAGGUAACUGUUUAUACAGCUCUGUAUCUUUGUUUUUGUGUGGAGAUAACUCUCUUGUUCGAAAACUAAGAACUUUGACAUCGUUAGAACUGUAUUUAAAUAGUGGCUUUUAUAUAAAGCAUCCCACUAUAAUUUCGGCAUAUGAGAAAGGCAAAGGAGUUUAUUUUAACAAUUUCAGAAACAUUUUAGGUGGUCUCUUAGUUUCACAUGCUGCUUUAGAUUCAGGUAAAACUGCUGAUGCUUUAAUUAAAGUAGAGGCAAUGCAUAAUAUAAAAAACUUUGAGUGGUGUAGUUUUGUUUGUGUUCUUGCACUGUCCUCAGCAAUUUCGAGGAACAUCAUUACACUAUAUCCAGACUGUGGUCACGCAAAAUUGAAACUUCUUUACAGUCAAAAUAUUGAACCUAGAGAUUCUGCAGUUUCUUCUACAAGUCUUCACAUUUUACUUUGUUAUUGUGGUACUUUACCGACACAAAUUGAAUUUAAACAUAAUCAUUUUGUGCCUCUAUUAUGUGGUGUACAUCCAAAAAGAAAAAUCAAGCAACCAUUGCCAAAACCUGUGAUUAAAAAAAAUAAGCAGUCAAAAUUGCCUUUCUGGGUAAAUAGACAUGGCAUGAAUGACCUAGGUAUUGCUUCUGACAGACCUACAGUAACAUUUCCUGCUGUCAAUAUGUCAACCAAAACAAAAAAUAUUCCAAUGUCAUCAAGUUCUACUGUUAAAUCAGUGACUAGUAUUAGUCCUGUAACUAAGCAAUCCUCUGGAGGUGCAAUAAGUUCUAUUAUUUCUGUGUCAACCGAAAUAACCUUAGCCAACGAUAUAGCUUCGUAUAUGAAUAAAGUUCAAAACAUGGAAUAUUCAGAAAUAAUUAAAUUAAUAAACGAAGUUUUCAUCCCUGAUAAUAACUAUAAAUUUCCUGUUAAAGAUGGUCGUUCCUUUAAAUUUGAUUGGUUAAAACAAUACACCUGGCUUUGUUAUUCACCUGCUUAUGAUGGUGGUUACUGUUUGCCAUGUGUUCUUUUUGGAAAUAAGUUUCCUAAUUUGUUAAAAAACAUAAGAAAUCUGGUAACACAGCCUGUUAAUGCAAAACGUUGUGCUACAACGUUGUUCAAAAACCAUGAAAAAACAUCUAGCUCUGUAAAAAGUCUUCACCAGGCAACAUUUUCACUGUUUACAACAUAUUUGAGCCAGCAUUCUGGUAAAAGCAAACCAAUUUCUGAACUUGUUGAUCAGCAAAUAAGUAAACAGAUUUCUGAAAAUAAAGCCAAACUUGAGCCAAUCAUCGAUACAAUUUUGUUGUGUGGAAGACUAAAUAUCCCUUUAAGAGGUCAUAGAGAUGAUAGCAGUUAUCAUCCUGAAGUAGGCAGUUACUCAUCUGGGGGAGUAGGUAAUUUCAUAGAAAUUUUAAAUUAUAGAGCUCGUGCAAACCCUGUUUUCAAAGAAACUCUUGACAACAGUGCAAAAAAUGCUACCUACAUUUCAAAAACAGCUCAGAAUGAGUUGAUUAAUUGUAUUGGUGAAGUCAUCACUGAAAAAAUUGUUCUUGAAAUAAAAGGCAGUAAAUUUUUUUCUAUUCUUAGUGAUGAAUGCAUGGACAGUUCAUGCAAAGAGCAAUUUUCUCUUUGUAUAAGGUUUGUUGACCAAAAUUGUGAUGUUAGGGAAGAAUUUUUAAGACUGGUUCAUUGUGGGGAAGGUUUGUCAGGUGAUGGUUUAUGUAAAAUUGUCCUAAAAUGUCUCGCAGAAGAUCUUCAGCUAAAUAUAAUGGAUUGUAGAGGUCAAGGUUACGAUGGUGCAGGUUCAGUGGCAGGUUUUAGAAAUGGUUUGGCAGCAAGAAUCCUACGCAUAAACCGAAAAGCCUUGUAUACGCAUUGCCAUAGCCAUCGAUUAAAUUUAGCAAUCUGUAAAACCUGUGGCAUUCAAGCAGUUGAGAAUGUUAUGGGACAGAUUAGAGACAUUUCAUUUUUUUUUAAUUACUCUGAAACUAGGCGGUUGAUUUUAGAACGUAAUAUCAAGGAACACUGUCCAUCAGCUACAAAAUAUAAAUUAUUUAAUGUUUGUGCAACAAGGUGGGUUGAGAGAAUUAAAGGUAUGGAGGUAUUUAAUGACCUUUAUGUAGCUAUUGUAAACACAUUAGAUGAAAUGAAUUUAAAUUUAAAUCAUGUUUGUAAUGCUGACACAUCCUCUAAAGCUCUUCCUUUUUUAAAAGUCCUAACCUCAUUUGAUUUCAUGGCUACAUUUAUGAUCACUAAAAAUAUUUUUUUGAUGACUUUACAAGUAACUGAGCUUUUACAAAGCAGAGCAAAUGAUAUCAUGGAUGGUAUACACAUGAUAGAUGCUCUCAAGUCUCGUACUACCAUGGUUAGAAACAACAUUGACUACUACCAUGAAAAGUGGUACAAAGAAGCUUCUGAUCUUGCUAAGGAACUACAUGUUACUGAGGCAAGUCCUCGAACCUCGGGUAUAACACUUUUUAGAUCCAACACACCAUCAGAAAAUCCUUCUGAUCAUUAUAAAAGGAAUAUUACAAUACCUAUGUUGGAUCAUUUACAUUCCGAACUUACUGGCAGGUUUGAAGAAAAAGCAUUGUCUUGCUAUAGUGGGCUAGCUAUUCUCCCAGAAAAAAUGCUGAGUCUUAUCAAAGAAAAUGUAGAUUGGAAAAAAAGGUUCAAUGCUUUCUUUCAAUUCUAUCUAGAAGACUUGCCCAAUGUUCAAUCUAUCGAACAUGAAUUGGAACUUUGGGAAAUUUACUGGAAAUCAUAUGAAGGGCCUAUACCUAACAACAUUUCCUCCACAUUGAAAUCUGUCAAUUUUACUGGGUUUGAAAAUGUAAAAGUGGCCUUGAGAAUUUUAGCCACUUUACCUGUGACUUCUUGCGAGUGUGAAAGGACAUUUUCAGCCAUGAAGAGGUUAAAAACAUUUACUCGCACAACCAUGGACUCAGAUAGACUAAAUGGCUUAGCCUUAAUGCAUGUACAUCAAAACAUCAUUCCUAAUAUUUCUGAUGUUAUUGAGAAAUUUUCAUUGAAAAAUAGACGAUUAAACUUUAAGUGAAUUACAUUAUUACCUUCUUCAUAAAACCUUACUUCAAGUUAUUGUAGAACACUUCUUUUAUUAUAUAUACAUAUGUACCUCUUAUUUUACCAUACCUAUUCUUUUGCCUAAAUUAUACUUAUAUUAGUAUAUGCCUUAUCAUUGCCUAAAUUAUACUUACAUUUUUAUGUACUUAUCUUACCUAUUUUUGACAAAAAUGUUUUCUGUAACUUUAAUUCUCGAGUUGCCUUUGUGGCCUCUCCUGGAAGCAAUUGACUGUAACAAAGCACCUCCAGAGUAAGGUCCAAAUUUCACAAUCAAUUUACGUAAUUACUUAAGUUCUGUUUUUCCUAAAUUUUGUGUGUUUUUUAUUAUGAUUGUUUUUACCUUUAGCCUUUUACCCUAUCAUUUUGACUGGUCUUGAUGCAAAUAAUUGUAUCUGUUGAGUGGCGCUCCAUUCACUUCAUGGUUUGUUGUUUGACAAUUGAUCAUUUAUUUUGAUUUCAAUGCUAGAUUCAUUCGUCCAUUGGUAUUACUUCUGUUUCUGCUUAUAUACAAGUGAAGAAGAAAGAAGAAAGAAGAAAAAUUGUUUGCCUGGUUAUUAGAUUAACCUCAAAUUUAUAAAAAACAUUAUUCUGGCAUAUACAAAACGUCGGAAGAUAGUAAAAAGACGGGAGUAGUUAUCGCAUUAUGUAUCAAAACUUUUAUUUGUAUUUUAUAUUAUUAUAUAGCCUUAGUAGCCGAAAAGCACUUGUUACCACCUCGAAAA